AUGCGGUGCUUCCCGUGGAACAGUGCGGUGCUGGCUUUAAGCCUUCUAGUGCAAGUGUGCAGUGCGGGUAUAUUCGGACCAGCUCGAGACGCGGUACGUGAAGCGUUUAACGAAGACGACUGGGAGCCGGUGUACCGGAUAUACGAAAACCACGAGUGGGACUCCCACGACGACUAUCUCAGUCAGGAACGCAGCGCGCGCUUCGGUGAUAAAGACGAUUCUCAGUUCCGCUCCUGGAAACUCGACCAGUGGCACCACGACAAGAUACACAAGGUGAAAGUGGAGCUCUAUGACGACGGCGACGAGGUGGCGGAAUUUGAGUUCGAGGGCACUCUGCAGAACUUGACCAGCUUCUUCUCGCAUGCCAAUCUCCGCCGAUCCUCUUACGGCGACAUCCCCGAUGGGCUCAGCGGUCGGCCAUUUCCCGGCGACGACUUCAGCUUUGACGGGGACGACGACUCGCGCCACUGGGCGAUCAGCUACCGCCACAGGGGCGAUUGUCGAAAUGACGAGGGCUGGAUACAGGUGAUCGACAAGCCAACGCCAGGUCGCGACCGCUGCGUCUGCGGCUAUGAGAACGUGGCAAAAUACCCAACCAUCAUGUACGCCAAGGGAAACCGGAAGGCGCGCUGGAGCGAUAAAAACGCUGUUGGUCACGCGGACAUGAUGCAGGUGUCUGUGAGUCACGUGCCGUACCCCGCGCGUCAGCAGCCACAACCUCCCGUGGUGCAGCAGCCCGCCGCGAUACCUCAACAACCACAACAGCUGCAACCGCAGAUGAUGUCAAUGCAAAAUUUUAUGUUUGAAUUGAAGAAAUAAAUUUCCUUUAUACUGUUAUAUAUAUUCAUUCAGAAUAUAUAAAUUAUUCUGUAGUUGAUACAGAUAUAUCAUCAUGAUUAAUAUUGACCUUCUAUAGGAAAAAUUAAGGGUGCUCUUAAAA